CAUGGCUGAUAAUGAUCCUGAACCAGACUAUAGUGUUCCUAGCCCAGUUGCUCAACCUUCCCACUUCAUCUCUUUCAGAUCCAGAUUCACCUCCAUGGUACAACUGAAUUUCACAGUUGUGACUGAGUUUACCUUUGAGGGCUUCUCCAUUUUUGGGUGGCAUCACAGACUCAUCCUCUUUGUGGUCUUUUUAGCCUUGUACCUGUUGACCCUUGCCAGCAAUGCUAUCAUCUUGACAGUUAUCCACCUUAACCACCACCUUCACACCCCCAUGUACUUCUUCCUGAGUGUGCUGUCCAUCUCUGAGACCUGCUAUACUGUGGCCAUUAUCCCCCGCAUGCUGUCCUGUCUCCUCAGCCCCCAACAAGCCAUCUCCAUCCCAGGCUGUGCCACUCAGCUCUUCUUCUACCUCACUUUUGGUGUCAACAACUGCUUCCUGCUCACAGCAAUGGGAUAUGACCGCUAUGUGGCCAUCUGCAACCCCCUACGAUAUUCAGUCAUCAUGGGUAGAAAAGCCUGUAUACACUUGGCAAGUGGCUCCUGGAGCAUCGGCCUGACCAUAGCCGUCACUCAGGUGUCUUCCGUGUUCAGCCUGCCCUUCUGUGAUGCCAACGUCAUCUCCCACUUUUUUUGUGAUAUCCGGCCCCUGAUGAAGCUCGCCUGUGCUGACACUACGGUCAAAGAAUUUAUCACGUUGCUCAUCAGUCUCUGUGUCCUUGUUCUGCCCAUGGUCUUGAUCUUCAUCUCCUACGUCUUCAUUGUCACCACUAUCCUCAAGAUUGCCUCGGCUGAGGGCCGGAGAAAGGCCUUCACCACCUGCGCCUCCCACCUCACGGUGGUCAUUGUCCACUAUGGCUGUACUUCCUUCAUCUACCUAAAACCCAAAUCCAAAAACUCCCUGCAGGACAGACUUAUCUCCAUGACGUACACUGUCAUCACGCCCCUGUUGAACCCUGUUGUAUACAGCCUGAGGAACAAAGAGGUCAAGAAUGCCUUGCUCAGAACCUUAGGCAGAAAGCCCCUCUCCUAGGUGCUGGCAAGUUGAAUAACCAGACAGGAAGCAAGUUCGGUAAGGUGUCGC